UCUCAGUGAACCUGCUAGAUCUGCUGCUGCUGGCGCUCACUCCCGCUGCCUUUCACUGCUGGACGAUCGAGGUAGCAGAGAGACCUGACAGAGCACAACUGACACACCACUCGGGGAACUUCCACCAUUAGGGCCAGGCUGGUUGUAGGGUACCAUUCGGACUCGUGCGAUUCGGCCACCAAUGGAAUUGACUCGGGGACGCCAAGCGCGAUCCAGAUCUGUGACCUAGACGGCAAUUGCUGGUCGCUGAGGUCGCGCCACCCGGUGUUUCUCCGAGAACGGCGGGGCCUGGCGGCGCCGUGCGGUCGCCGUGGUGUGUAGCGGCGGGUAAUAGGGACCGUGCCGAAUCGUCGCGUUGGCGCGCAGCCUGCAGGCACCAGGCAACGGGCAACGGGCAACGGGCAACGGGCAACGGGCAACGGGCAACGGGCAACGGGCAACGGGCAGCAGGCGACGAGCAGCGCGCAACGGGCGGCAGCCUUUCGGGUGGUGGUGGACGGUCGGUGGGGCAGCAUGGGGCAGGCGUUCCGAAAGCUGUUCGACUCGCUGUUCGGGAAUCGAGAGAUGCGGGUGCUGAUGCUGGGGCUGGACGCGGCGGGCAAGACGACCAUUCUGUACAAGCUGCACAUCGGAGAGAUCCUCUCCACCGUCCCCACCAUAGGGUUCAACGUGGAGAAGGUGCAGUACAAGAACGUGCAGUUCACGGUGUGGGACGUGGGCGGCCAGGAGAAGCUGCGCCCCAUGUGGCGCAACUACUUCAACAACACCGACGCGCUCAUCUACGUGGUGGAUUCACUAGACCGGGAGCGAGUGCGGCAAGCAGCGCAGGAGUUCCAGAGCAUAGUGAAUGACCCCCUCAUGCGCAACAGCGCCCUCCUCGUCUUCGCCAACAAGCAAGACCUCAAGGGCGCCAUGUCCCCGUUGGAAGUGUGUGAGAUCAUGGGGCUGCAGCAGCUGCGCAACCGCUACUGGCACAUCCAGGGCACCAGCGCGCCCAAGGGCGAGGGGCUCUUUGAGGGGCUGGACUGGCUCGCUUCCACGCUCAAGACCAUGCAGGCCAAGGGGCUGCCCACCUCCGUCGCCGCUCCCACUGCUGGCGCCGCGUGAGGAGGGUGGAGGGGUGGAGAGCAGUGGGAAGGGGUGAGGGAGGAGGUUGACGAGGCUGAGUGGAGGGGGGAUGGUGGAGGGUUGUGGAGAAAUGAUGGUGGAAGAUCGGGAGGGGGUGAAGGGGGUGGUUGGUCUAGGGUGUGUGGAGGAUGGGCAUGCGGACCAAGGGGGAGUGGCUCAGCAUUGAGAAGCAUGGAGAUGGCAGGGAGGAGGUGGUGCAUGGUGCUGCUCGUGAUGGGCUGGCAAGGCAAUGCUCCUCUGAGUGAGAACAACCUCUGGCCGUUACCCUUGCUGACGGGGGGUUGGCCUUAACAAUUGUUAAUACGGUAGGGUUCAAUGUGCAGAGCUACGUUCUGCAUGAGGGAGCUUGGGCCCAAGUGUGAGAAGUGUAGGAGCUGCCUAGUGUAUAUCUCAGGAGGACCUUUCUGGAGGGUAGGGUGGCUUACCACAGUUUUAUUCCAGUGGUACUGUGGCGUUUUGAACAAGGUACUUAGACAUACCGGUAGUGCAGUGGUAGAGAGUGCGAGGACGAUCUGAAUUCACAGGGAGCGUUUUCACCUUUACUUGGCCACCCACCCAGCCAAACCUGGGUAUGUGGUGCUUGCUGUCAUGGCCAGCAAUGGAUGGGACGAGGGGGGGCGAGGGGGGCAGCAGGGUGGCGAAGAAGCCAAGGCAUAGGUACAGGGUGUAUGUUUGUCAGACUGCAGUUGUAAGGAUUUCACGAAUACUUACUAGGUUUCGCCACGGCGAGUACUGCUUGUCAAACAUAUAAAUCGAGAAAGCUUGC